GGGAGAUUUGAAUUUGAAGUUAGGAUUGUCAAAAUCGGCACCAGGAAGUAGCCGAGGAACGCCAGUUCCCUCCGGCGUGUGGAGCUGGUGGUCAGCAUGUCCUUCCCUAAGGCGCCCCUGAAACGCUUCAAUGACCCUUCUGGCUGUGCACCGUCUCCAGGUGCUUAUGAUGUGAAAACUUCAGAAGUAUUGAAAGGACCGGUAUCCUUUCAGAAAUCACAAAGAUUUAAAAAACAAAAAGAAUCUCAACAAAAUGUUACUCUUGACAAAGAAACUACCUUGCCUGCUUCAGCAAGGAAAGUUAAGACGUUGGGAUUAAAGAAGGAAUCUCAAAAGAAUGAUAAAGACUUGAAGAUGUUGGAAAAAGAGAUUCGUGUCCUCCUGCAGGAACGUGGUGCUCAGGACAAGCGCCUCCAGGAUCUGGAAGCUGAGCUGGACAAGAUGGAAGCAAAGCUAAGUGCUGCCGUCAGGGAAAAAACGUCUCUCUCUGCAAGUAAUGCUACACUGGAGAAGCAGGUCACUGAACUAACCAGGACUAACGAGCUACUAAAAUCUAAGUUUUCUGAAGAUGGUAACCAGAAGCACCUGAGAAUGCUGAGCCUGGAACUGAUGAAGCUUAGAAACCAAAGAGAAGCUAAGAUGAGGAGCCUGAUGGCCAAGCAACAAGGCAUGGAGGCGAAACUGCAGGUCACCCAGAAGAAUCUCCAAGAGUCUCAGGGGAAAGUAGCCCAGCUCGAGGGGAAACUCGUUUCAGUACAGAAAGAAAAGGUUGAUGAAAAAUCUGAAACAGAAAAACUCUUAGAAUACAUUGAAGAAAUAAGUUGUGCCUCAGAUCAAGUGGAAAAAUACAAGCUAGACAUUGCCCGGUUAGAGGAAAAUUUGAAAGAGAAGAAUCAUGAAGUUUUAAGCCUUACGCAGUCUCUUGAGGAGAAUGUUGAUACGUUGUCUAAACAAGUAAAAGACCUGAAUGCUAAAUGUCAGCUGCUCAAAAAAGAAAAAGAAGACCUCAUCGACAGGGGCAGAGAACAGGAUGAAAACCUGAGCUCCGAAAUACAAAACUUAAAAGAGAAGUUAAUUCUUGAGAAACAAGAACUUGAAAAGCUACAACAGAAAGAGUUGCAAAUUGAUUCACUUCUGCAACAAGAGAAGGAAUUAUCUUCUAGUCUUCAGCAGAAGCUGUGCACUUUUCAAGAGGAAAUGGUGAAAGAGAGGAAUCUCCUUGAGGAAGAAUUAAAGCAAGCUCUGGAUGAGCUCGACAAGUUGCAGCAAAAGGAGCAGCAAGGUGAAAAGCUGGUCCAACAGCUGGAGGAAGAAACAAAAGCUAAAGCUGAAGAACUGAAACUUCUAGAAGAAAAGCUGAAGGGGAAAGAAGCUGAACUCGAGAAAAGUAAUGCUGCUCAGACUCAGGUCACCCUGCUGCUGCAGGAAAGGUGUAACAGUGCAGAGCAGAACCUUGGGGAUGUCACUGCGCAAUUCGAAAGCUAUAAAGCAUUAACAGCUAGUGAGAUAGAAGAUCUUAAGCUGGAGAACUCAUCACUUCAGGAACGAGUGGCCAAGGCUGAGAAAAGGGCAGAGGAUGUUCAGCAUCAGAUGCUGGCCAUGGAGAGCUCAAACCAGGAAUAUGCAAGGAUGCUUCUAGACCUGCAGACCAGAUCAGCACUCAAAGAAGCAGAAAUGAAAGAAAUCACAGUUUCUUCUCUCCAAAAAGUAACUGACUUGGAGAACCAGCUCAAGCAGCAGGGUGAAGACCUGAAGAGGCAGCUGGCGGAGGAGGAGGCAGCAAGGAAGGCUGGGGAAGCAGACACAGUGGCAGAGUUAAUGGAGGAGGUGAAUAAGUGGCGUCUCCUCUAUGAAGAACUAUAUGAGAAAACAAAGCCUUUCCAGCUACAACUGGAUGCAUUUGAAGCAGAGAAAGAGGCUCUGUUGAAUGAACAUGGUGCAGCUCAGGACCAGCUCAAUAAACUGAGAGAUUCAUAUGCUAAGUUAUUGGGCCAUCAGAAUCUAAAGCAAAAAAUCAAGCACGUGGUGAAGCUGAAAGAUGAAAAUAGCCAACUCAAGUCGGAGGUGUCAAAGCUCCGCUGUCAGCUUGCUAAAACAAAGCAAAGCGAGAGAAAACUUCAAGCGGAGUUGAAUAAAGUUCUGGGUAUCAAACACUUUGAUCCUUCAAAGGCUUUUGUUCACGAAAGUAAAGAAAACUUUGUUCUGAAAACCCCGUUAAAAGAAGGCAAUACAAACUGCUGUUGAGCUCCUGUGGAGUUUCAAGAAUCCUGCAAGUAAACACCUGGAAAACCAACUGAAGAUUAUUUUAGUCUUAUUCUUGUUGUUGCUGUUAUUAUGUUUGUAACAAAUGCUUUUAAAUGUGUUUAACAUAAACUUCCUAUUCUUAGGUAUCUGAAAGCAAGGUCAACAUUUUCACCAUUAUGUCUUCUGACAUUUUAUUUUCUAUUGUCCUUAGCUCCUCCCUGUUGUUCAUUUUCAUCACUUCAUUCUAAACCUUCCACUUGGCUUUCCAGCUUUCCAACUUGUCCCAUCAAUCAACAUUCUUUUAAAAAUCACUCUCAUAUUAUUAUUCCCCUAUUCUGAAACCUUAGAUGCUUUCAAGAUUCUAAUCCCCAGGUUUUUUAGUUUGAUCCUGGAUGGCUUUUCUGAUCUGAACCUCUUAAGCUAAGACAAAACACCUUGGCUUGUUCUUGCCUCUACUUUGAUUGUCCUAAUAAUGUUUACUUUGUUUUACCUGUCAUCUAUUUAUCCAGUUCAAGUAAGAAGUAAGGGCAGGCUUAAUUCCACAGUCAUCUCUCUCUUUUUUUAAAAAAUAUAUAUCUUUAUUGAUUUCACAGAGAGGAAGGGAGAGGGAGAGA